UCCAGCCUGGGCAACAGAGCAAGACAUUGUCUCAGAAGAAAAAAGUAUUAAGGUCCACCCACCUCCCAGCAUAGUGACUCACCAUAGCACCUAGCACCCUGACAGUUCUCGUCACACUGCCAUGGGGGCUCUGGCACUCCCAUGCCAUACCCAAGGGCAGAGUCCCUCCCUCAGCCUCGGUCCUCAGCCCCUCUGAGGUUAGAGGAGUUGGAAGCCAGGUUCCCCCUUCCCCUGCCCCAGAACUCUGUCUGCAGUUCAGGGGCAGGUAAUGUCAGGAGGGCAGGCAUGAAGGAUUCUCGGGAAGGACUGGCAGUGGGGCUCAAGGGUAUCGCCUGCCGCAGUGCUCUGGGCACCCUGGAUUCCUCUCCUUGCCUCCCACCCCUGCCUCCACCCAAUCCUUCCCAGCUGCCACCAUUCCCCUCCCACCCCACCGCCCGGGCCAAAAUGGCUCCAUCCAGGAUGCCUGUCAUAGCCGGUGUAGGUCUCCCUGGACUAUGCUUGUCCUCAAGGGCCCAUGUCCUUGUCCCCCCUUCACCCUGCACUGUCCCCCACCAUAGCCAGCCCUCUGUCCCUCUCACACCUCAAGCUCCUUCCUACCUUCACUGGCCUCUUACUCCCCAGCUGCAAUGUCGCCUCCUCAGCAGAGCCUUCCCCGUGAGCUAACCCCCUCCCCCACAGCUCUCCCAUCGCCCAGGGCGUUCCUGCACGGGAGUUGAGACCAUAUGAGCUUGUCGCGUUUCUUUGCUGAGAGAAGGACCUGUGCCUGUCCUCUUCUCUGGAGUCCUAGGACCUAAGCACUUGCUGAAUGAAUGAAUGAAUGAAAGCGGUAUGGGUGUCUGAGCACCACCUUGAAUAAGCGUGAGGCACUCUCUAAGCCUUAGCCUCUUCCGCCUCCUCCACUCACCACAGCCACCUUCCUCCACCCGUCCCCACCAUCCCAGCUGCUGUGAAAUGGGCAGAUGUCUUGCCCCCAGAACCUGGGAGGGGUGGAUGCAGCUCACCUCCCUCCCGUUCACACCCCAGCCAGGUCCCAGCCACCCACGCAGCAACUCCUCCUGGCCCCGCCCUGCCCAGCCCUUCCCAGGUGCCUGAGGUGGAGGCGCCAGCUCCCACAGCACCCCAGCAGCCCGCCAUGGGGGGUCUAAGGCCUUGGGCCCGAUACGGGCUCCUGGUUGUGGGCCACUCGCUGGCCCUAGGGCUUGGGGCCAUGGUGUUCCAGGCCCUGGAGGGGCCUCCAGCACAUAGGCUCCAGGCUGAGCUCAGGGCAGAGCUGGCUGCUUUCCAGGCCAAGCAUGGAGCCUGCCUGCCACCUGGAGCACUGGAAGAGCUGCUGGGCACUGCCCUGGCCACCCAGGCCCAUGGGGUCUCCAGCCUGGGCAACAGCUCAGAGGCGAGCAACUGGGACCUGCCCUCAGCUCUGCUCUUCACUGCCAGCAUCCUCUCCACCACAGGUUAUGGCCACAUGGCCCCACUAUCGGCAGGCGGACGGGCCUUCUGUGUGGUCUAUGCAGCCCUGGGGCUGCCAGCCUCCCUAGCUCUAGUGGCCACCCUACACCACUGCCUGCUGCCUGCGCUCAGCCGCCCAGGUGCCUGGGUAGCGGUCCACUGGCAGCUGUCGCCAGCCAGGGCUGCCCUGCUGCAGGCAGUUGCCCUGGGCCUGCUGGUGGCCAGCAGCUUUGUGCUGCUGCCAGCGCUGGUGCUGUGGGGCCUUCAGGGUGACAGCAGCCUGCUGGGGGCCAUCUACUUCUGCUUCAGCUCGCUCAGCACCAUUGGCGUAGGGGACCUCCUGCCCAGCCAUGGCCACGGCCUGCACCCCGUGAUUUACCACGUGGGCCAGCUUGCACUUCUUGGUUACUUGCUUCUAGGACUCUUGGCCAUGCUGCUGGCCGUUGAGACCUUCUCCAGGCUGCCACAGGUCCGUGCCGUGGAGAAGUUCUUCAGGCCCUGUGGCCCUGUGACUGCUGCAGACCAAGGUGGCAUCCUAGGGCAGGAUGAACUGGCUCUGAGCACCCUGCCACCUGCGGCCCCAGCUUCAGGACAGGUCCCUGCUUGCUGAGGUGUCAGGUGACGGAGUUCAGCUUCAGUAUGGUGGCGGUGACGGUGACGGCCGGGAGGAGGAAGCAGCCAGGAGUGGCCGGGGAAGAAUCUGGAGAUGGGGCCGGCGGGGUGAGCGGGAGGCCUCGGGGAACACGUGUUAAUCAUAAAAUGAACAACGAC